CCUCCAACCACCACCACCUACCCAAGGGUGUUUGUCCUGAGAGCUGGUGGCAGACGUGGAGAGACCGUAGGGCUGCUGGAGGAAAAGCGAAGCAACCGAGGCGUGACAAAAGGAUAGCAGGGGAGGACGCGAGGACUAGGGCACGCCGAGCAGGAGGAGAAACCACACAGCCAGCAGGAGAUUGUUAGCAGGAGGAGCGUUGACGUUUAACCGAAGAUGAGUUCGUACACAGUGACUCUGAACGGCCCCGCUCCAUGGGGCUUCAGACUACAAGGAGGGAAGGACUUCAACAUGCCGCUCACCAUCUCCAGGAUAACUCCGGGCAGCAAGGCGGUGGGAGGCAGCCUGGCCCAGGGCGACAUCAUCUCAGCCAUCGACGGGGUCAGCACCGAGGGGAUGACGCACCUGGAGGCCCAGAACAAGAUCAAGUGUGCCACCAACAAACUGUCACUCACCAUGCUGAAGUCAAGACGCCCUGCACCAGUUCCCACAGCAACCCCGAGGAUGGACUCACCCAUGCCAGUCAUCCCCCACCAGAAGGAGUUAGAUGAAGCUUCCUCCAAGAGGAAUCAAGUCUCUAAAAGAGAUCCAGAGCUCCCAUCGACUCCGGUUAGAGCCCCUGCCUCCUCUGCAUCAUCUCCACCAGGCCGGCCGGGGCAGUACAAUUCCCCAAUCGGCCUUUACUCUCCUGAAACUCUCAAAGAAAUGAUGCUGAUGCAGGGAAAGUUAGGAGAGGGGCCGGCAGCCUCCAGGGGAGUUUCGUCGCUGGGUGUGGAGUACACUCCCAGCUUCAACCCCAUUGCUCUGAAAGACUCGGCCCUGUCCACCCACAAGCCCAUUGAGGUGAAGGGUCCGGGCGGAAAGGCCACCAUUGUUCACGCCCAGUACAACACACCAAUCAGCAUGUACUCACAGGACGCCAUCAUGGACGCCAUUGCAGGGCAGUCGCAGGCUAAGGGACACGACAGUGAGGAGGCGGGCUCUCCCUUGGCCGGAGCUCUGCCUGUCAAGGACCCUGUGGUAGACUGUGCGUCUCCAGUGUACCAGGCAGUGAUCCGGCCCGGAGAGUCACCCCAGGAUAUGUCUGAAUGGGCUCGUCGUGCUGCCAACCUGCAGUCCAAGAGCUUCAGGAUCCUGGCCCACAUCACUGGCACCGAAUACCUGCAAGACCCAGAUGAGGAAGCCUUGCAGAGGUCGAGAGAGAAGUUUGAGUCAGAGGUGAAGGGGCCCCGCUUCGCCAAGCUGAAGAACUGGCACCAAGGACUGUCCUCACAGAUCCUCAACGUCACGGAAUAAAGAGGAGCAGGAGGGGAACGUGAGCGGGAGGACAUGUAAAGGAGGACAUGGACAAAAGCGCAGGAGAUAACAGGAAGAGGGGGGAUAAAUUAUGGAGGGAAGAAAAAAGGAGCAGGAGGGGGAGGAAACUCCUCUGGAAUGUGAGAUAGUGUUGUAGUAUAGAUUAGUAGAAUGUGAGAUACUAACUGUUAGUGUGAGAAUGCUAUGUGUUCAUACGCUCGAUAUAUUUACCUGUCAACUUGUGUCCGUCCGCUGCUAAAGACCUGAUCUCGCAUUUGGGUUUUUUCUUUUCUUUCUUUUUCUCUUCGUUUUCCUGUUUGUUUGGGUUCUUUCUCUCUUAAACGAAAAAGGGGAAAUUGUACAAAAAAAUAAUAAGUAUUCAAGCGAAAAAAAACGAAGAACUGAUGAUGUUUCUUUUAGUACAUAAGAAUUCACGAUAACAUGAAUUUUAACACUUUGAGCAUGCUUGUGAGAAGGCACACAAGGACAAAUACACGCAAAGAGAUUCACCUACAUGUCAUGCACAAACACCGUAUGUAAAAAGAAUGCACUCAAAAAAUGUACCGAUAUCAAUGUGAAUAAAUGUUUUCUUAAAACCAAA